GCGGAGUGAAAUGCAUCCAUGAUAUUAAAAAAAAGAUCCAAAUGUUUGCCCCUUAUUUAGUAACAUUCUGGCUUUGUAGUACAGUUUUAUCUUGGGGUCCUGAGAGCCUCUUUAUUUUCUUAUACCAUAACGAGCGAGAUUAUUUUAUUUUGUUGUGAAAACCUAAUUUCUGAUUUGGAUGUAUUGAAGUCUAUUCAGCUGGCUGCUUGGUGGUUGUGAAAAUUAGGAUUCGCCUGGUUGGGUGAGUGCUGUUCCCACAACACCUGAGGCAGACUUGACAAAACUCUUUUGGAAACGGGGAACGAACUCAAGCCAUUCAUUUUUCUUUCUUUCCGCUUGCAACAGCCUUGCAUUCACUGGACCGUUUUUGGUGACUCUUUAGUUAUACCUUCAACUGUUCAGAUUUUUGCCUCUUAUUUUUUGGUCUGUUCCACAUAAAAUUUUUGUUUUUCUGACAAGUCACCGAGGAUUGAAGUCGGAAAAUGACAGACAUUUGAGUUUCAAACUUCAUACCCGCCAGAAAAUUCUUUUUAAUGCAAAACCUGUUAUUCCAUCAACUUUAACCGUUUAUAAGGGCAUGGUUUAAUUGGGCCUUUAUCCCUAUAAUUUACGGCUUUGUCUAGAUUUCUUGCUGUAAGAGGUUCAGAGCAAACAUGGACUCGGAACAGUCAAGUCAGUCCCCAAAGUCACCUCAAGCCCGAUUUCGAAACAUUGCAGCCUCUUCUUUCUUGAGUGAUAAAACUCAAAAGCCUGGAGUUUCCUCUCUGUUGCAACCUGUCCCAGAAGCAUCUUUAUCAUCUGAAAACAAUGAGUUUGGAAGUAUGGAAAAUAUUGAAGAAAGUGAUGCCUCACAGAAGGAACCAGAAAUUGUGCUAGAAGAAUAUCUUGAAAAAGCCAAAGAUGGAGACUCUAAGGCCCAGACGGAGGUUGGAAAGUACUAUCUGAGACUAGCAGAACGAGAGGAUGAAGAAUUGAACAAUUGUACUGCUGUUGCUUGGUUGAUUCUUGCUGCAAAACAAGGUCGGAGGCAGGCUGUCAAAUUGCUAAGACAUUGUUUGGAAGCCAGAAAAGGUAUCACAUCUGAGAAUGAAACAGAAGUGAAAAAGUUGUCUUCGGAGACUGAUCUUGAAAGAGCAGUGAGAAAAGCAGCAUUAGUCAUGUACUGGAAGCUAAAUCCACAGAAGAAAAAGAAGGUUGAUGUGGCUGAACUGCUGGAGAAUGUGGGGCACUUCAACUCCCAAGCGGGUCCAGCAAGCCCAGGACCCGUUCCAAAAUCUGUUCAAAAACAGAGAAGAAUUCUAGAACGACUUGUCAGCAUCGAAUUGGCUCCUCCCUCUGUAUGUUCCUCAGAAGUUGACUCAGUUUCCUCCAGACCAUCGCAAAUCAUUUCAGCUGGCAGGUACAUUGGACUAGACGAUUUUAUUGAAAUAACCAAGAAAUAUGCAAAGGGAAUCAUUCCAGCUAACUUAAUGCUGCAGGAUGAUGACGACGAUGAAUGCUCUGGGAGAAGUCCAGAGGAACUUCCAGUGAAACUCAGGAUAAUAAAAUAUCCACUUCAUGCUAUUAUGGAACUCAAGGAGUACCUCAUAGAUGUUGCAUCCAAAGCUGGAAUGCACUGGGUGUCUACUCUUUUUCCAACACACCACAUCAAUGCUUUGAUUUUCUUUUUCAUCAUCAGCAAUUUGACCAUUGAUUUUUUUGCAUCUGCUAUCCCUUUAGUCAUUUUCUAUUUGUCUUUCAUUUCCAUGGUUAUUUGUACAUUGAAAGUGUUUCAGAACAGCAAGGCCUGGGAAAAUUUUCGAACCCUGACUGAUUUGCUACUUCAGUUUGAGCCAAACUUAGAUAUCGAACAAGCUGAGGAGAACUUUGGCUGGAAUCACUUAGAACCAUACAUACAUUUUUUGUUGUCUGUAUUCUUUGUAAUCUUUUCCUUUCCUAUAGCAAAAAAAGAGUACAUACCAUGUUCUGAACUGUCAACUAUUUCUAUAUUCUUUACAGUUACAAGUUAUAUGAGUUUAAAAAGAUGCGCAGAGCCAUAUACUCAAAGAGCACUUCUAACAGAAGUGGCAUCUUCACUUUUUACCUUGUUGAAAGCUUUACCUGAAAACUGGACUAUUCCAAGGUUUUUUGGCAUAAAGUUUGCUAGUAUUUCUAUAGGUAAUUUCUGUAUGCUGAAUAUAAGUGUACCAUGCAUUUUGUAUAUUUACUUGUUUUACCUCUUCUUUAGAAUGGCACAAUUAAGAAAUUUUAAAGGUUUCUACUGUUACUUUGUCCCUUAUCUGGUGUGCUUUAUGUGGUGCGAACUGUCAGGUGUGCUACUAAAAGAAUCUACUGGUAUAGGCCUCAUACGAGCAUCAGUGGGCUAUUUUUUGUUUCUUUUUGCCUUGCCAAUUCUGGCAGUAGGUAUUGCAGUGAUGUUUUUAGUUCAGUUCAUCAAGUGGUUUCUUGCUUUGGAGCUUAUUAAAAUUAUCGUAACUCUUGCUUUAUUAGGCAUUCCGAUUUUUCUUAGAUGGUGGACCAAGUCAAAGCUCACUGUAGUAGGUGUGAUAACAUCUUUGUCUAAGAGCUCUAUUGUCAAGCUGAUUCUCGUCUGGAUCACAGCCAUUGUACUUUUCUGCUGGUUUUAUGUUUACAGAUCUGAGGGAAUGAAAGUGUACAACUCUACUUUAACAUGGCAGCAGUAUGGCUUCUUAUGUGGACCUCGUGCAUGGAAAGAAACCAACAUGGCUCGAACUCAGAUCCUUUGCAGUCAUCUUGAAGGACACAGGGUGACAUGGACUGGAAGGUUCAAGUAUGUCAGAGUUACAGAAACUGAUAAUAGUGCAGAAUCUGCAAUAAACAUGCUUCCAUAUGUAGUUGGUGACUGGAUGAGAUGUGUAUAUGGUGAACGUUACCCACCAUGUGAUCCCCAGAAUGUUACCCUGGAAGAAGAAGAACUUUGCCAGCUUAAAUUUCUCACAAAGCAUGAGUGUCAUAUUAAGAAGUUUGACCGUUACAAAUUUGAAGUAACUGUAGGUAUGCCUUUCAAUGCUAUAAAUGGAAACAAAACUAUUGAAGAAGAUGAUGCCACAAAAGAUAUUGUGUUAAGGGCAAGUAAUGAAUUUAAGAAAGUGCUGCUGAAUUUACGAAUAGGAAGUGUGGUAGAAUUCAGUACUAUUCUAGAGGGCCGUUUGGGUAGCAAAUGGCCAGUGUUUGAGCUGAAAGCCAUACGUUGCGUGAACUGUAUGUUUAAACUUUCUUCUGCAGGAAUGCAUGUGAAAAUAGAGUAUGACUGGAGAAGUACAAUGCAUCAAGCCCUUAAGUUUGCAUUUAAUUUCUUUUUCUAUCCAUUCUUAUCUGCUGUGUAGAAUAAGAAAAACACUGAAGUUAUGGUACCAAAGAUUACUUGAUUUCUUAAAGUAACUUCUUUAAGCACUAUUUAUUGCUGUUUAUAAUUACUGUGCCCGCAUAGUUAUUGCACUGUAACUACUGACUUAGCAAUGACACAUCAUUUUGCUUUUGACAGGGUUGGUUCCCAGUUGCAUUUUCCUUGUUUGAGUGUUACUUGGUACCAUAAGUAGUGUGUUGAAGAAAUUGAGAGUGGAUAUUUAUGUUGGUUUACCACUGCAUUUCAUUGGUACUAAUGGAAAUGUACAUUUUUCACAAGGACAGUUACUUUUUUUUUUACAAUGGAUUUGCUGCUAGCAGUAUAUUUAAUUUCCUCCUGGAAGAGCUGAAUUAGUCUAAUCAGUCAGUAUAGUUGGGCACUCAAGUAGUGGUCACAUUUGACGUGUUGCAGUACUGGGGUCAAGUCCACCUUUCCUUGUGGGAUAGUUAAGUAUACCAGUUUAGAGUGUAUUCCGUUUCACAUUUUAUGCCUUAUACUGUGUUUUGGUGACUAAAGCUUGGGGAGUCUGUCAUUAUGUUGCACAAUAAUGAGCAAAUUUCACAAUGUUUGUAAACAGCUCCAUUGCUUUCACUUGGAAGUGUUGAUAACAGGGUGCACGAUAUUCUGUCAAUCUCUGUAAAUGUCAUAAGUAAAUUUAUUUUUCUGCUAGGUAUUUAGAAAAUUCACUUGCAAGAACAUUUGCCAAGGAAAUGCACAUUGGUUUCUUGUGGUUUGUCAAAUCAGCUAACUGCUUAAGCAAAAACCUGCUUAAGGCAAUAUCAGUUUAAAAGAGGGCAAAGAAUACAUUUGUGUUAUGCAGGGCCAGACAUGGCCUCCCUGCAGGGGCUUCAUCCUGUACACUCGUUUACUUAAUAUAACCAAUUCCAGUGUCACACAACUUUGGAUCAGGUUAGUAAAUCAUGCUUACAUGGGUUUAGCAUAGUCCAUCUUUUUGACAUUUUCUAUACUUUCAAUAGAAAUUUGGUACAUUUCUCUCAUUAACAACAAAAAAAAUAGGUCACCACUGGACUGACUUUAUUGCAGGAUAAUCAGGCCUUGAAUGUCAAACAGUCACAGUGCAUUUUGGAUGAAUAUAUUUUGUAUGCUUAAAGUGCCUUAAUUAUGAGCCUUUUCUUUGUGUUUUUAUUUAUUGUUCAAGUCAGUAAAACAGUUGUGCUAUUUUGAUAGUGCAUCAAUCUGGUGCAAGAAUUUCUUCUGAUAUUUUAGUGGUAAGUAAAUGAGAAUUAAAUUUCUUACAAGACAUUUGCUGCUUGUUGGAAAUCAUACUUCUGAACUUCUUUACUCAAGAAAUUUGGCUGAAGCUAAAAAUAACGAGGGGUCAUAGGCCUAAAAUAAGGUACAAUUGUUAAAUAUUACAGUAAUUCAUUUAAACAGUUGAUGCAGUAGCAUGCUUUGCAUCAACAUGCAUUUUCUGAACAGUAAGAAGUAUGAAACUGUGAUGUCUGGCAUUAUUGACUGACUGUAAUCCUCUGUAAUUUACCAGAAAAUCUGGGGCUUUCAGCAAAAUCAGGGACAAGUUGAUAUGUUUGUUUGGAAAUUGUCAUUCUGGUGUACUAACUUGAAUCACCAAAUAUUGUAAUUUUUGAAUUAAGAAACAGGUACAGUAAUUAACAUUUUUGUACAGACAUCAAAAGAAAUCGGUGCUUUCUUUAAUUAAAUUUUAAGACAAGCAUUUUUACAUGUGUCACGUACCACAGAAAUCUUGUGAUUUGGAAGGUCUUCAUUGCUCUCUAUGUGGCUAUAUAACGUGAAGGCUAAGGGUGCUGCUACAAGUAAUAUAAUUUAAUAAUAUUUUUAAUUCUGUUUUAUUUAAUUUGCAGUAUUUGUAAAUGACUUUUUGUACAUGUUUUCAUUUCCUAAAAACAUUUACUUCACAGAUUCUUGAAAAAACACGAUCAUCACUGUGAUGCUAGAGCUGUUAUAUGGAUAUAGUUAUUGUGAAUUCAUGUGGUUGUUCAUGUAGAUAUGCAUAAAAAGAGCCAGGAGGUUCAUCAGUGAGUGGAAUGCUUUUGGCUUUGUUGGGGCAUUUUUUUUUUCUUUUGUUUUUAACAGACAAAUGUCGCACUAAGUUGCUGUAUGCCUGUAUACUGAAGAAAAUUGCUACUAAUGUACUUUAAAAACAAUGUUAAUGUAAGUUAUUGUACAGUCGUGUCACUGGUUUUCUUGAACUGCAUUUACCUAGUCUAGUUCCCUUUUUCCCUGAUUAUGAUUUUAAAUGUAUAUGUUUCAGCUAGAAAUGCCACCAUAACCUAUAAUGUAUUUUGUUAUACAUAUUGUCUUGUAUUCACUUGCCACAUUGUCCUACGAAAUAUCAUCUGUACCACCUUUCACAAUAAACUUUGAUAUGUUAAAAUAAACUAACGCUGCUUCACAAAAAAAGGAAUAAGAAAUGGAAAAUAUGCAGUGUGACACUGUUACCCCUUAUAAGCAGUAAUCUGAGAAGUGGUAUGCUAGCAAAAAAAGAUCAUUGGACUGACUGCAGAAGUGAAAUUGCCUGAUUUGUGAAAUGUUUUGCGGGGUGUUCAACAGAAGAAUAAAUAAGUAUGCCUUUCUCUGGUAUUUAUCUGA